AUGACCCGGCCGGCCAGCAGGCGCCGGGUGCCCCCGCCAGCAGCCCCGCACGUGGUCAGCGGCACCUCCGCUGUCCUGAGCCUUUUCGUCCACAUCCAUGGCGGCAGCGGUGUGCACAUCCUCACCAACGCUCGCUCGCUCACAGGCGCGGCUGCCCCCACGGUUUGGACGGGCGCCCCCGCCCGGGAGCGGCGGCAGCGUGUUCUCACGUGCCUGGCGGCCGCUAGCCGGCCGCGCUCCCGCUCCCGCACCGCCCGCGCCGAGCUGUCGUUCUCCGUGAGCCACGUGGAGCGCCUGCUGCGAGAGGGCCGCUACUCCCAGCGCCUGAGCGCGUCCGCGCCGGUCUUCCUCGCCGCCAUCAUCCAGUACCUGACGGCCACCGUGCUGCAGCUGGCGGGCGACGAGGCCCGGAACCGAGGCCGCACGCACAUCACCCCGGAGCUGGUGGACAUGGCGGUGCACAACAACGCGCUGCUCAGCCCCCUCUUCGGGGCCACCACCAUCUCCCAGGUGGCCCCGGGCCCCAACUAGCGCCCGCCACCCCUGAGCCCCGGGUGG